UGCGGGCCGCGCAGCCCCUCUCCGGAGACCCGCGCCUCGGCCCCUCCGCGCCGCCUUGUUCCGGCCGCGGCGCCUCCCGCCGUCCAGCCCGGCCGCCGCGGCCCCGCCAUGGCAAUGACGGGCUCAACACCUUGUUCAUCCAUGAGUAAUCACACAAAAGAAAGGGUGACAAUGACCAAAGUGACACUGGAGAAUUUUUAUAGCAACCUUAUCGCUCAGCACGAAGAACGAGAAAUGAGACAAAAGAAGUUAGAAAAAGUGAUGGAAGAAGAAGGCCUUAAAGAUGAAGAGAAACGACUAAGAAGAUCAGCACAUGCUCGGAAGGAAACAGAAUUUCUCCGUUUGAAAAGAACAAGACUUGGAUUGGAAGACUUUGAGUCUUUAAAAGUGAUAGGCAGAGGAGCAUUUGGUGAGGUGCGACUUGUUCAGAAGAAAGAUACAGGGCAUGUGUAUGCAAUGAAAAUACUCCGCAAAGCAGAUAUGCUUGAGAAAGAGCAGGUCGGCCACAUUCGUGCGGAGCGUGACAUUCUAGUGGAGGCAGACAGUUUGUGGGUUGUGAAAAUGUUCUAUAGUUUUCAGGAUAAGCUAAACCUCUACCUAAUCAUGGAGUUCCUGCCUGGAGGGGACAUGAUGACUCUCUUGAUGAAGAAAGACACUCUGACAGAAGAAGAGACGCAGUUCUACAUAGCAGAAACCGUCCUGGCCAUAGACUCCAUUCACCAGCUCGGGUUCAUCCACAGGGACAUCAAGCCGGACAACCUGCUUCUGGACAGCAAGGGCCAUGUGAAACUUUCCGACUUUGGCCUUUGCACAGGACUGAAAAAGGCUCAUAGGACGGAAUUUUACAGGAACCUGAACCACAGCCUCCCCAGCGACUUCACUUUCCAGAAUAUGAAUUCCAAAAGGAAAGCAGAAACAUGGAAAAGAAACAGACGUCAGCUUGCCUUUUCCACAGUAGGUACUCCUGACUACAUUGCUCCCGAGGUGUUCAUGCAGACCGGGUACAACAAGCUCUGUGAUUGGUGGUCGCUUGGGGUGAUCAUGUAUGAGAUGCUCAUCGGCUAUCCACCUUUCUGUUCUGAGACUCCUCAAGAGACAUAUAAGAAGGUGAUGAACUGGAAAGAAACCUUGACUUUUCCUCCAGAAGUUCCUAUCUCUGAAAAAGCUAAGGAUCUAAUUUUGAGAUUCUGCUGUGAAUGGGAACAUAGAAUUGGAGCUCCUGGCGUUGAAGAAAUCAAAAGUAACCCUUUCUUUGAAGGCGUUGACUGGGAACACAUCAGAGAGAGACCUGCUGCAAUAUCUAUUGAAAUCAAAAGUAUUGAUGAUACCUCAAACUUCGAUGAGUUUCCAGAAUCCGAUAUUCUUAAGCCAACAGUGGCAACAAGUAACCACCCCGAGACCGACUACAAGAACAAAGACUGGGUCUUCAUCAACUACACGUACAAGCGCUUUGAGGGCCUGACUGCCCGGGGAGCAAUCCCUUCCUACAUGAAAGCAGCCAAAUAAUGCCUGCGAAGUGGAACCCCAAGCGGAGGAGAGCGUUUGGUGCAACCUCACCUGAGGGUUUUCCUCUCACGUGCUCUUUCGAAAGAGCGUCCAAGAAGUUUAUGGAAACCACGAGUAUGUUAUGGUCAAGUCUCCUGAAACUCGAUAGUAGGUGGAUUCUCCUCCAUACGUAUCUGAAAACCUCUAAAACAGAGACAGCUGUUUUUACCACAUCAGCCAUAGACUUCUGCUUCUUUAGAAGUGUCAUGAGCCAAUUGGGUAGAUCCCUGAGAAAACUUGUUUUCCUGAGUUCAUCAGAACGAAGGGGGAAAAGCAGCCAUCAUCCAAACAUUCUUGAGAUCAACAUGUACUCAUCAGACACAGCCAAUUCUUGUGAUAGUGUGACAUGCUUUCUGCCAAGCCCACCAAGUAUUCCUGUUUUUUUCUUUACGGCUAAAAGUUCCAUAGUACUAAAGAAAUAAAGCAAUAACGAAAGCCUGGGCAGCCAGCAUUCUGGCUGAAGCAAACAGUCCACCAUCCCCUGAGGGGGUCCUGAUGGUAGUUUUCCUCAUACCUCGGCCUGGGGCGAGUGGCUUCUUCGAGCCUCCUCCACCAUGGUGCACUUUAUUUAUGGUACUAGGAUGAAGACCCUCAGUCCUCUGGCUUCUCUUCCCCUCCCUACCCACUGCAAGUCCUCCUGCUGCUUCUCUGGGUCAGGAGGGAAGGAGGUUACAAACUUGAUCUGCUGUUGCUCUCAGAAGACCCACAGCCAUUGGGCAUCGCCACAGCGCCCCAGAACUGGUGAAACACCCUCGCUUUUUGUCAUGGCUGUACCAGAAAAUCCCUAAGACAGACGUCACGGUGAACCAGCAAUGGCCACGUGUGCCGCCACAGGAACUCUGCUCAUUCCUGGCACCUCGUGGUCAAGGUGCUCCUCCCGCAAGGCCUCUAGGACUCCCUCGGACGGGGGACAGGACCAGGCCACCACAAAGUGCAGCUUAUUCUCAGCGCUUGGAGCCGCUGUGUGUGUCUCCUCUCUCAGUGUUUAUCUUUUCCCUGCUACUUUAAUUAACCAUCUUGCCUUGGAAUCUCGAUUACAGUUUUCCUUUGCAGAUGCCUCUCUGGAGGGUGCUCUCUCCCCUACAGGGUUACCUGCGGCAGGGCUGCCAGGCCUCUGCUCUGCUGCUUGCGCCUGAGAGGCCCCCGACAUUAGCACAAAGUGCCUUCUCAUACUGCCACCGCCUUUUGAGGAAUUUUGCGACGUCAGAAAGAUGUGGAGGCUCCAUUUUAAUGCAUUAUUGCUUUUGAAAAUUUUGAGGAUUCUGAAUGCAUCAUUUGCACCUGUGUGAUAACUUUGCCUGUCAUAGAACGCCAGAAGUCAGAGAUUGAUUUCUGCCAGUGUCGAGAUGGUUAAGAUCUUCCUUAGAAAGGGGAAAAUGGCCUAGCUUAGCCAUUCAGAAAAGAAAAAUGGAGUAUCAGAGUUACAUUUUGCAAGUGAAACUGCUUUGGGUUUUAUAGUGUCUUAGAAAAAAAAAAGACUGUUAGCAAAGUCUGAGCGCUGAAUGAAGGUGACCUGUUUGCCCCUUAGUCUUUCAUUCAGAGUCUGUUAGUGAGAAAGAAGCAAUUAAGAUUCUUUUAUGUAACUUGCAGUUUAUUUGUAUUACCAAAUACUUGGGGUCUUGACCCCCACUUGUUUUGCAAGACUGAGUGAGCGUGGUGAAGUGUGAUGGUGAGUCUGUGUUGGGGAAUGGCCGGGAUGAUUAGUUUUAGGGGGAAAUGCCUGCAUUUUUAACUUCGAAACUUCUGAAUAAACUGUGUGAAAAUACAAGUGUGAAUCUGAUGUGUUUUAAAGCUGACAUGGGCUGUAAUUGGAAACUGCGGUGCUG